AUGGCAGACCAGACAAACAAUGACACCACAGAUGACAACGCAAUAGAGAAUGAGCAAGCCGCUGUUGUCCCGGUGCGUGGUGCGCACAACUAUGCCAUCCAGAUAAUCGACGAUCCAAGGACCUGCUCCUUCGCCGUCCACAAGGACAUGAUCCGGCCCCAUUCGCCUAUGAUGGCUGCCUGGAUCGGCCGGCGUGCUAAGAUGACCGCCUUCGCCGUCAGUAGCACCACUCCGCCGGCCGUGGCCAUGAUGAUCGCGUACAUGUACAGCAGCAAGACCCCAACCCUCAACGACUUACGGUAUUCUUGGCCCGAUCUUCUCCCUGAUGCAACCAUCGAUCAGCGAACCCUGCCCAAGACAUCGAGGCCUGAUUUCUUCGAGUUCAAGACGCAGGUACAGGCAUACGAUCUUGCGGUACGCUACAUCAUCCCUGGUCUCAAGCCUCUGCUAGCUGAAGCUGCCUACCGAUACACUCAGCAAGCGUUACUCAAUGACCAUGAGCUGGGCAAUGCGGCAAUCUCGGAGAUCAUGUCGCACACUCACCCCGACGACGACGGCCUUCGCGGACGAGUCGUCAGCUUGUGUCUUGUACUGAAGCCAGUGCUAGACUCAACGGCUGAAGGACAGGGUGCUCUAGCCAUUAUCGAGGCAAACGUGCCUUGGACCUGGAAGACUGCUCUGCGGGCCAUUGAGAUGGUUAAGACGCUUGAGGAGAAGACGGCUGGUAGGUCCCUUGCAACGCGUGAGUCUUGGGCCUAG